GGAUCCCCGAGGAAAUCCCCCCUCAAACCCUCCUCCUGCAGGCCCCACGUGCCCGUGGGGUCCUUCUAUGGCCGAGGGAAGGGCUACCUGGACCCCCUGGAGAGGAAGAGGCUGCAGGAGAUCCAGGUUUCGGGAAUGAGGAGCAGGGACGGGAACGUCCCAGCUGCCGGCAGAGCGGAGAAUCCCAGCGGGAAUCCCGACCCCAGGGCGGCCAAACACGCCCCAAACCCCGGGAAUGGGGGCGGGAAUCCCAACCCCAGGGCGGCCAAACACGCCCCAAAGCCCAAAGGGGGCCGGAGCGUCCCGAAAAGUCGGAAGAGCAAGGCGGAGAUCCCGGUGGGAAAGCCCAGGGGGGAGAAGGAAGCCGGGAAUUGCCUCGUCCAGAAGAAGAUGGAUUCUCCCUUCCGGGUGCUGAGCAUGAAGGUGAAACCCGCCCUGAAGCUCCAGCUGGGGGCGGCUUUCUUCGCUGCCAGGAAGAAAUCCCACUCCAAGAAAAACCCCGGAGACUCCAAGGCUCCCCAGGCUCUUCCCAAAGCCCCGCAGGAGAAGGUGGGGCCGGCAGAGGGGAGCGAAGCCCCGGAGAAGAGGGGCGAGUUGGGGAGGAUUCCCGAGGCCCAGGAGGAAGGGAAGGAGAACAGGGAGAGCUCUGGGAAUGUGGGAGAUCCGGGAUGUGCAGGGAAAGCAUCCCCACGGAAAACCGGCAGCGUGUCCUGCGCUUCCGAGGCCGGAGCUGCGGAAGACGGGCCAAUCCCCUCCUGGAGGGAACAAACAGGGCCGCUGGAUGAGAUUCCCUCUCCGUUCGGGAGCAGCCCACCUGGAAAAGCCCCUCACGCCUCCCAGAAGAGCAGGAAGGCCAAGGAGCUCUGCGGGCGUUCCCGGGAUCAGAUGAUCAUUGACGCGGGUCAGAAGCACUUUGGGGCCAUCAUGUGCAAAUCCUGCGGGAUGAUCUACUCAGCUGCCAGCCCGGAGGACGAGGCCCAGCACCUGCAGCACCACCAGAGGUUCCUGGAGGCUCUCAGAUACGUGGGCUGGAAGAAGGAGCGAGUCGUGGCGGAAUUCUGGGAUGGGAAGAUCGUGCUGAUCCUUCCGACCGACCCCAAAUACGCCGUCAAGAAGAGCGGGGGCUCCAUCCCCUCGAGCACCUGCAGGAUGCGCGCGGCCGAGGGCCGUUUUUUGGGAUCCUGGGCGGUGCAGACGGAGAACAGGUCGAUGAGGGUUUCCCUCUGCCCUCCGCCCCGAGCGUUCCCGGCGGGUCCAUCCCGGCGUUUCUCUUCCAGGAGCACCUUCACGUUCGGGAGCGUCCUGAGCUCCCGGGAAAUCGCCUUUUCCGACCCCACCCCGCACGGGAAGCUCCUGGCCAGCAGCUACUGCCGGACCCCCAACUUCCUGGUCUACAACUUCCUCUCCCAGGAGGCCCCGCUGGGAUAAGCUCGGCUUGAGCUGAUCCCUGCCUGCAGUUCCUGCUGAGCUCCUGGGAGCAUUCC